GGUAUCAGCCUGACGUGAAAAAUUAAAGCGCUCAAAUAAAAAAGCAAACCUGAGCAGAUAACAACAACGCGGUGCAGUUUUCAGUGUAAAAGAACUUGCAUUUAGCAAAAUAUCGGACAAACCCGCAUUGCUAUGGCUGACCAAUACGGUGGAUACGCCAGUAAGGAUUUUGGGGGUGCUGCUCCGUAUAGCGUUCCUCCACCACCGAUUAAUCAGAGCUACAGUCAGCCUCCCCCGAUGAGCAAGUUUGGUGGUGGGGGUACCGGCAGCUACGGACAGCAGAGUUCCGGUUCUGUUGGCGGUGGAUACGGUGGCCAAAGUGAUUAUAACGGUGGCGGAGGUCGUGGCGAUAGUGGUGGCUACGGUGGUGGCAAUCGUGGCGGAAACAGCUACGACAGAAGAGGUGGUAACCAAACCGGCGGAUACAGCAGUGGCGGCGGCAACAAGGGUGGUUAUAACAAAGGCGAGGGUGAAAUGAUCACACAGGAGGAUACAAUCUUUAUCCAAGGAAUGACACCGGAAACUACGGAAGAGGAAAUUGCCGAACGUUUCGGAUCAAUUGGUGUGAUAAAGCGUGACAAGCGUACGCAGAAGCCCAAAAUCUGGAUGUACAAGGAUAAAGAAACGGGCAAUAUGAAGGGUGAAGCCACUGUCACCUAUGACGAUGCUAGUGCCGCACAGUCCGCCAUCGGAUGGUUCGAUAACAAGGAAUUUAACGGGGCGAUUGUGAAGGUGACGCUUGCGCAACGUUUUAGCAACUGGCAGAACAAGGGUGGCAGCCGGGGUGGCUUCAACAAAGGAGGAGCUGGAGGUGGUGGAUAUGGCGGGGGCAGCCGGAUGGGCGGUAGUGAUCGCGGUGGAUCGAGUGGAGGUGGCGAUCGUGGUGGCUUCAACCGUGGCGGUGGAGAUCGAGAUGACAGCAGAUCAAGACCUCCACCUGGUGGUGGAAUGGGUGGAGGAGCACGUGGUGGAUUCGGCGGUGGAGGUGGCGGCGGAAGCGGCGGUGGACAGGAUCGCGAAGGUGACUGGAAUUGUGGCGAAUGUAACAACAAAAACUUUGCUUGGCGCAAUGAAUGUAACCGCUGCAAGGCGCCGAAGGGUGAUGGGGCCGGCAGUGGCUCCGAUGGUGGCAGUCGCGGAGGGUAUGGAGGUGGUGGUAAUCGGAAUGGCGGUGGAGCGGGAGGUGGCCGAGAUCGCGGUUCGUUCGGAGGGGGACGGGGUGGCGGUGCCGGCGGCCAGGAUCGUGGAUACGGCGGCGCGAAUCGCGGAGGACGCGACAAUGGGGGCAGUGGAGGAGGUUACGGUGGCGGAGCGAUGCGGGGAAAUGACAGAAACAACCGGAAUGAUCAACGACAACGCCCGUACUAGGAUAUGCAGGUUGCCAACUUCUUAGAGACACGACAUUCAUGUAACACAUAUUCAACCAGGGAAUCGAUGUCAAAUUUAUUUGUCAACCAUUUAGCAUCAUAGUCAACAGUAACGGCGUGUAUAAGUCAGGACAUAUACGUACAUGUUUCGUACGUAUUGGAGACAGGUUAGGGUGUAUCAUCGUUAAACUUGACGCUCGUCGUGCAGGAGAUUGGUAGGGACCACAAACCUAUCGCACACUAUCACUUUCUGGCGCCAAAUAGGUAUAGAGUUGGAAUUUAGGUUUGGGGCCCAUCGAAACAAUAUACAGUCGGUAAUGCAGCGAUAACAUGGUUCAACAGCAAACCGGGACUGACCGUAUGUUUGGGCGACACGACGAAAAGAAAAGGAAUUAAUUGAUGUAAAGGCGAAUUGUACAUGUAUUAUUUAGUGCACGUUUUCUUUACUAAGCAAAUGCUUGGGAGGCAAAUAUCUUCUUUUAGGGUCGCAUCUUCUGACGGUCGGAAUGGAUGGAACAGCCUCAGGAGGUUAGCAAUAACUACAGAUCACAUCAUUAGGAGAAGAGAAGCGAAGAUUAAGUCUAAAAUAAUAAUGCAUUAAAAAUAUCCACCGUCCUCCAGACACACGCAGCUGGUCGCUAGGGAGAGAUUUACCACGUAACACAAUUAGAAAGAAUAAAUAUAAGUUGAA